AUACACGCGCGGGCACACACACACACAUACUUAAUCUCUUCGGGUGUUUAAACCAGCGGCGGGGCAUGAUGGGUUGGAGCGCAGAACCGCGUCGGGGCCUGUGGAGCGAGUAAAGAGCGGUGGUGGGUUCCAGCGUGCAGGAUCGUACGGUGCUCUGGAGCAGCGCGCGGGAGCUUGGCGCGCAGCCCCGGGAUGCACAGGUCCGGACUCUGGACGGUUUGGUGCUUGAUGAGUGCAGAGGUCAGAGAGCCCGGGGUUUAAAACGCGUUCCCAUAGCUUUCACCUCCAAAGUCCCCAGAGCGGGGCCUGAGCUCUUGCCGUCCGCACCGUACACUCACUGGCCUCUUCUCCAAUGAUUCAGAAGUCACGCCCCACGCUGCUGCAACCUCAAGAUGUCGGAGACAGGGUGGAAACGCUUAUGUUACAUCCAGCCAUCAAAGCCUUCAUGUGUGGGUCCAUCAGCGGGACCUGCUCCACUCUCCUUUUCCAACCUCUGGACCUCCUGAAAACACGCCUCCAGACUCUCCAGCCCUCAGUCCAUGGGGCCAGGCACAUGGGGAUGUUGGCUGUGCUCCUGAAGGUGGUUCGCACGGAGAGCCUUUUGGGCCUUUGGAAAGGGAUGUCCCCUUCUAUUGUGAGAUGUGUCCCUGGUGUUGGAAUCUACUUUGGCACCCUCUACUCUUUGAAGCAGUACUUCCUGCGGGGACAUCCCCCCACUGCCCUGGAGUCAGUCAUCCUGGGGAUGGGGUCUCGAUCCAUCGCUGGGGUCUGCAUGUCACCCAUCACUGUGAUCAAGACACGCUACGAGAGUGGGCAGUACCGCUACGAAAGCAUCUAUGCAGCCCUGAGGAGCAUCUGCCACAGUGAGGGGCACCGGGGCCUCUUCAGUGGGCUGACAGCCACCCUCCUUCGUGACGCCCCCUUUUCUGGAAUCUAUCUGAUGUUUUACAACCAGACCAGAAACAUAAUGCCCCACGACCAGUUGGAUGCAGCCCUUCUUCCCUUUGUAAAUUUCAGCUGUGGGAUAUUUGCUGGUAUUCUGGCCUCACUGGUAACUCAACCUGCAGAUGUUAUCAAAACUCACAUGCAGCUUUCCCCCAUGAAAUUCCGCUGGAUUAGCCAAACAGCUAUGCUGAUUUUCAAAGACUAUGGGCUGCGUGGUUUCUUCCAAGGCGGCCUCCCCCGGGCCCUCCGCAGAACUCUGAUGGCAGCAAUGGCAUGGACAGUCUACGAAGAAAUGAUGGCCAAGAUGGGCCUCAAGUCCUGACCAAGAGAGGGCUGGCAAAGGGUGAGAUCUGUUGCCCUAUUUGGUUUCUGCCAAGGGCUGUUUCAUCUCACCAUCUGGAGUAAGAAGGUGAGUCCUAGCUGGAGAGCCAGGCAGAGAUGAUGCCUUCAGUCACCCCAUUCGAGUAAAGAAAAGGGCCUUACCUGAGCCUUCGGAAUCUCCCAGAAGAAGAGUCUCCAACACAUACAUCACGUUGGGGAGUUGGGAGAAGGUUUGAAAGCCCACUCAAAGAGGCAUCACCCUGAGAGAGCUCUGUCGGGUUCCGCUUCAGCCGCCGAGCCGCACCAUGAUGCCUCCCUGGAUAUAUUAUUGGGUGAGGAAUUGUGAAACCAGAGACACUGUUGGCUGUCUGCUGUGCCUGAGGCGCUCCAGUUGGGGAAGACUGGAUCUGAGGGGAGGGGACCUCCUGUCACCACGGUGACAACUGUGUCUGAGGUGAUGUUCAGAGGAAGGAUGUUAGAAUGAGGAAAAAAAGAUGCCGUUCAUUGAUUGGCUCCUUAUCAACUUCUCAGAGCCUCUAGAGAAUGGGGACAGUGGCUUCCUAGCCUCUAAAUAUUGUCCUAAUAAAAUUUUUGGUCUUUGGUGUGAA